CCUCGACCUGGCGCCGGACGACGACGACGACGACACGGCCUCCGCCGCCGCUGAUGCCUCGCCGGCCGACCCUCGGAUCUCGCUCCACGCGAUCUCCGGCGUGCGCACGAGCGAGACCAUGCAGAUGCAUGUCACCCUCGGGGGUGUCUCCCUCCUCGCCCUGAUCGACUCAGGCUCCACCCACAACUUCAUCGCUGAGGAGGCGGCCGCUCGUGCUACACUGCCAUCCCCCACCACCGAGAAGAUGCGUGUCACGGUGGCCAACGGCGAGCGUGUUCCGUGCCAGGGCGCAUACCGCGCCGUCUCCUUCCGCAUCGACCAGGAGGCGUUCUCGGAGGAUUUUCUCGCCUUGCCGCUCGCAGGCUACGACGUCAUCUUGGGCACGCAAUGGCUGGCGACGCUUGGACCGAUCCUGUGGGAUUUCCGCGCCCUCUCCAUGACGUUCUGGCGGAGGGGCCAUCGGGUCUGCUGGCGCGGCCUUGCCGGACCGGACGGGCCAGCCCUGCAAUCAUGCAAUGGCCGCGAUUUCCUCGACGCCAUCCUCACCGAGUUUGACGGCAUCUUCGCCCAACCCUCCGGCGUACCACCACUCCGCAGCUGCGACCACGGCAUCACCCUGCUGCCAGGCUCCGCCCCGGUGGCCGUCCGUCCGUAUCGCUACCCGGCCGCGCACAAGGACGAGCUGGAGCGUCAGUGCGCCGCCAUGCUCGCCCAGGGCAUCAUCCGAGCAAGUCGUUCCGCAUUCUCAUCGCCGGUACUGCUGGUCCGCAAGCCCGACGGGUCCUGGCGCUUCUGCAUCGACUACCGCGCCCUGAACGCCAUCACCAUCAAGGAUGCGUUUCCAAUUCCGGUGGUGGACGAACUCCUCGACGAGCUCCGGCACGCUCGUUUCUUCACCAAGCUCGACUUACGCUCCGGCUACCACCAGGUGCGGAUGCGUGCGGAGAACAUCCCAAAGACUGCCUUCCGUACCCACGACGGCCUCUACGAGUUCCUGGUGAUGUCGUUCGGCCUCUGCAACGCGCCGGCGACGUUCCAGGCACUCAUGAACGAUCUGCUGCGGCCGUACCUGCGUCAUUUCAUUCUCGUCUUCUUCGACGACAUCCUCAUAUUCAGCGAGUCGUGGGCCGAUCAUCUUCGCCAUGUGCGCACCAUCUUUACCGUACUGCGCCAGCACCGGCUCUUCGUCAAGAGGUCCAAAUGCUCGUUCGCCGUCGAGUCGAUCUCCUACCUGGGUCACACCAUCUCCGCGGCCGGAGUGGCCAUGGAUCCGGAAAAAGUGCAGGCCGUGGCCGACUGGCCGCAGCCUCGCUCGGCGCGCGCGGUCCGGGGGUUUCUCGGUCUUGCAGGGUACUACCGCAAGUUUGUCAAGGAGUUUGGCGUGGUCGCCGCGCCCCUGACGGCCCUGCUUCGCAAGGACGGCUUCUCAUGGUCGCCGGAGGCGGCAACAGCUUUUACCGCCCUCAAGACGGCGGUCACCACGGCUCCCGUGCUCGCAUUGCCCGAUUUCACACGGCCGGGCGAUACACGGGGGCUCCGAUGGCUUCCCUGGGCCGAGUACAUAUACAACACCGCCUACCAGACAUCAACCCAAGAAACUCCGUUCAAGCUUGUGUAUGGCCGUGACCCUCCCACUAUUCGCUCUUACGAGCCGGGUGAUACACGGGUGGCCGCAGUGGCCAGGAGCAUGGCGGAGCGCGACGAGUUACUCGCAGACGUCCGCUAUCGUCUACAGCAGGCACAAGCGGUCUACAAGUCCUACUACGACAGACGCCAUCGGGACAUUCGGCAUGACGUGGGCGAUUGGGUCUGGCUUCGUCUUCGCCAGCGCGCCGCGUCCUCUCCCAACCUGCCAACCGGGGGCAAGCUCAAGCCACGCUUCUAUGGGUCGUACCGCAUUUCAGAGGUCGUCAACGACGUGGCCUACCGCCUUGAGCUUCCGGCACGCUCGCGCCUCCAUGACGUGUUCCACGUGGGCCUCCUCAAGAAGUUCUUCGGCACGCCUCCAACUGCACCACCGGGAUUGCCUCCGAUCCACAACGGGGCGGCUGUUCCAGAACCGGAGCGCGUGACUCGUGCACGACUAGCACGCGGCGUUCGCCAACUGCUCGUCCACUGGAAGGGUGAAGCAGCAUCAUCAGCUACAUGGGAGGAUCUUCACAGUUUUGUCGAGCGCUACCCCGCUUUUCAGCUCGAGGACGAGCUGCUCGUCGAGGGGGGGGAGAGAUGUCAUGUGGGGCGCUGCGGACAGGCGCGGGUCGCGCGCCCAGGGGCAGCAGCCGACGGCCACAGCUGGCGAGGCAUGAUCGGGACAAGGAGUCCUGAUCCUACGUUGGUUCCUAGAGUCCAGGAAUAGUUAGUUUCCUAGUUUGUUAGGAGUCCAGGAGUAGUUAGUUUCCUAGUUUGUUAGAAGCCCAUAAGGCCUUUAUAUAUCCUGUAAUCUGCACCCUUGGACGCAGGCAAUAAAUCAUUAUCUCCUACCUCCUCCUCUACUCCUAAUCUCUUCUCCUGCACCAUUGAGCAGUUAGGCAAAAACCCUAGCGCUCCUAUCAACCGAGACUACGAACUACGUAGUCGAGGUCCUGCUGUCUUGGGCACCGAGGUCC